AACACAUAACAUUCUCAUUUGAUAGAAUCGAUGUAAUGGUGUGUCCUAGGAAUUAACCCUUGUGUGGCUUGCCACACCAACCUGCACUGAAUAUCAGCGAUCGUGAAAGCACCAGUGACAAGCAGCAAGAACCUUUCUGUCUCAGACUCGAGCUGAAUGUAGCUUGAAGUCAUUGUUAGAAAUGUUGAAUAAUUUUGGCCAUCCAAUCAGCAUCCUUCAGGGGAGGAGAGUUUUCCACUUAAAACAGAGAUCUUUGAAAGGCAACUGGUGUACAGUAUCACACAGCAGCACAAACUGAGACUUGAGCAGUUUUCUACCCUAUUGAAUGGACUUGAGUCCCUUGGAAAGUGCUUGAAGAGGAGCUUCUGUGCCAGUAUUUAAACAGAAUCCAUGCUACUUCUUACUAUUUUUAGCUUCUUGUCACCUACAGUAGUUGAGUAUUUCUCUCCUAUUUAUACAUCAUUUGUUGUGUCUUCAUUUUGUAUCAACCUUUUGUAUAUGUUUAUGUUUUAGUGACAUUUUAUUUCAUUGUGUCUUUAGUUAUUUUAAUCAUACAUUUGAUUUUAUUAAACCAUUUAUGCCUUGGUUUAUUUUUUUUUUGUGCUUUUUUUUUUGUUACAUACCAGUUUUGAGCUACGUUAUGGCAGGUUCUUGUUGACAGAUCAGCUUCAUUCUUACUAAUAUUUAGACAGUUUCUAUUUUUUUGGACAUCUUAAGUGGAUCCUGGUUGUGUCUUAACACCAGAGCGAUGGAUGAGCAGCAGAAUGUGAGUCUGAUGUUGCCAGGUCCUUUUCUUCCAUCUGAUGACACUCUCUUAAAAUACCUGAACAACACAGAAGAGUAUCUGGCAUAUUUUUAUGGCCCAAAGCGCAGUCAUUUAUCGCUUCCCAUAACUCUUGUGUACACCGUGAUUUUCUUGGUGGGGGUCAGCGGAAACAUGCUGGUGUGUUUGGUGAUCCUGAAGCACCAUAACAUGAGGACUCCAACAAACUAUUACCUGUUUAGUCUAGCAGUUUCUGACCUUCUUGUCCUGCUCCUUGGGAUGCCUCUUGAAGUAUAUGAGAUGUGGAGCAACUAUCCUUUUCUCUUUGGUGCUUGGGGUUGUUAUUUUAAGACUGUGCUCUUUGAGACUGUAUGUUUUGCCUCCAUCCUUAGUGUGACAACGGUCAGUGUGGAGAGGUACGUGGCCAUUAUCCAUCCUUUUCAAGCCAAGCUCAAAAGCACCCGAAGGAGGGCCCUUAGAAUACUCAUUACACUUUGGAUCUCCUCCAUUCUUUUCUCUAUCCCCAAUACUAGCACUCAUGGUAUCGAAGUGAAGUACUUUCCCAAUGGAAGUCUUGUACCGGGCUCUGCUAUGUGCACUGUUGUCCAACCCUUGUGGAUUUAUAACUGCAUUAUCCAGAUAACAUCAUUCCUGUUCUACGUGCUUCCAAUGGGAGUCAUCAGUGUCCUUUACUGCCUGAUGGGUAUCAAACUAAAAGGAGAUCGCUCGCUGGAAGUGGAUAAAAUGUCUGUGAAUGGACAGAGACCAUCUCGAAAAUCAAUCACAAAGAUGCUUUUUGUCUUAGUGAUGGUUUUUGCCAUCUGCUGGGCUCCUUUCCACAUUGACCGGCUUUUCUUUAGCUUUGUGGGGGAGUGGACUGAACCUCUAGCCAACAUCUUUAACCUCAUGCACGUGGUGUCUGGUGGUUUCUUCUAUCUCAGCUCUGCUGUCAAUCCUUUGAUCUACAACCUUCUCUCCAGACGCUUUCGUUCUGCAUUCAGAAAUUUCCUUCCACCUCUUUUCAAACACUGGACUCCUAAACUCCCAGUCCAGGUCUUGGUCCCCCAGAAAAGCACCUUGAUCCUGGCCGGCCGUACCCGCAAGGACUCCACAGAAGAAGGCAGUCCCUCUUUUCCCCAUCGCACCUCUGUCUGCAGUUCUCAUUUCUCUACAGUAUUGUGAUUUUGUACAGUUGACUGGUCAGUUGCGAUCCUUUGGAGAUUACAAUAUUUGAAUGUGUUAGCAGGGAAUGGGUUACUGUGCAGCAUAAAAGUUAUACUGUCCCUAGGGAAGACCUCAGUCAGCUGGAAAGGAUGAAUCCUAUGGCCAGACAACAGCCACAUCAGUCAUCACAAGGGGUAGUGACUUAUUUAGAGAUCAGCUUAAUCAUUUCAUUGCUUAAGUGGAUUAAAACAUGUUGCUCUGUGCAUGCAAAUCAUGUUAAGCAACUUGUGGUUUUCUGUACUUUCCUUGUAGCUGUCUGAAAGUACAAGCAAACAAACGAUGUAUGCUGUUCAGUGUAUGCCAUGUAAAAAAUUUUAAGAGUGACAUUUCACAUUCUACUUUUGGUCCUGAGAUAAUUGAACAGAAAGUAAAACAUGCAAGCACAAAAAAUUAUUUGUAGUCUUUAAAACAUCUUAUACAUAGGUUCCUAAAUUUACAAUUACAAACCCCCAAUGGAUUGCCCAAAAUGUCUCAUAAUCCCUUCUCUAAAUUGUCAAAAUCAUCACCAUCAGCAGUCCUUUAAGGUACCAGUAUGACUUCAAAAGAUGUCAAUAGUUUGGUUUUAGGACCACUUCACAUGUGGUAUGCUGUGCAUUAAGGAGGAACGCUACUCAUCUACACUCUAGUGAGGCAAGAUCAGUGAGCUUCCCUGCUGGUGUCAACACCUUCUCAUCAGUUUACUUUGGGAUUGGGAUCUUUGACCAUCUUGAUUGACCAGGCGGGAUGACUUCACUUGAGUCACCCAAUCACUUGAAUGACAAUGGGUUCCAUUCAGGCUGUUUCUUCAGCUUUAAGAUCGGCAGUAAAAUAUCUAGCGGUUUUCAAACGUUUAUUUGCAAUUCACAAAAAAAUGCCACUAAAACACCACGUGAGCUGUUUUUAUAAAGUGAUGCAAUAUUUAAGUAGUGAAAGCUUGCGGUGUUUUAAAUAGCUGUUUUUUAAGGAGAGAAUUGCUAUGGCACCAACCAUGACUCAUCUGCUGACAGCUGAAUUCUUCACUGACAGCAGAAUGUAAACAAAGAAUUGGCAGCAUUUAAAAAUGGAUUUCGAAGGGAACAGUGCGCCAAUUAAAAAAAAAAUGGUGUGAGGUCCCCAUCAAAAUCCAAACCAGGCUCCUAUUCGAGCAUGAAACCCGGCAGGCCUGGGAAAAGGGUGAUGAGCGAGCACCCCCCCCCCUCCUGAAUCAUACUAGGCCACAUGGCUUCAACAUGGAGGGAGAUACUUUGGGAGAUACUUUGGGAGAGAGGGACUUCCCUCCCAAAGCACCUUUUACCAAUGUUGAUGAGGACAAGGGCCUCUUCCCUACAACCCUGGCAUGGUGACUUAUACGAAUCUGGAAGACCCUCUAACAAGAGGGGCCUAGAUCCUGGCCUCCCCAUGUGAAUGGGUACGGUCCUUUAUUCAAACUCCCUUCUUAAAAAACUGUUUCAACCAUCCUCCCAUAAAUAGAUUCCUCUCUAGCUGUGACACCCUAUGCCCCUGUCAUUUGCUUUGCUUCCUACAUAUUCAGACCUGAACUUUGUGUUUCUCCUUCUAUAUGCUGUUCUUUAUAGUAUAUUUCUAAGAGCACACAGUAUCUGUUACACACAAAUAUGAUAUAAGAAGCACACAACUUCUCGUCUCACACUCCCAAAACUUUUAUUUUCACUCCCACCAUUACCAUACUUAUUUGACUUUAUCAGUGCUUAUUGCAUGUACUGCACCAUAUUACCUUGCCUUGGUUACCAGUACUUCUGCUCCAUUGUCAUUUUUACGUUUAAAACUUAAAAAGAAAUACAUUGAAUUAAAAACAGCAACACACGGUAAUAGAGAGAUUUUUGCAUUCAAAAUAUGGAAUUAAGUUACUGACAAUGUUACUUGUAAGUCAUCUGACCCAUCAUGAUUUCUUCACUUUGAUUUCAGGUUCAUAAAUGCAGGAAAUCCUGUUUAAAUUACUCAUAGAUUUGACACCUUAAUCAUCUUAUUUACCUUAUGCCUCAAGAGAUAUUGACACCCCCAGUUAAAGUGAUUGUAAAUAAAAUAAAAAAAAGCCGGCAGAGAUGCUACAGACACCACACUGGAUCGAAUGAGGACUCAGGGAAGUACAAGAGGGGGUAUACUGCUACUUAAACAUUUGUUUUACCUUAAUGCAGGUAAAAAUUGUUUACGCUUUAGAACCACU